AUGCAGGAGAGUAAUAGCCAUAAUUUUGAUGUAGGUUAUUUUUUAAAAAGUUGUGCUGAUUUAGAACAAUCAUACGAAGUUCUAUUAAAUGAAAAAAAAAAAAGUGAAUUAAAAUUAAAUGAAGUUUCAAAAAGCUUACAAGAAAUAAAAGAAAAAUAUGAACAAGAAAAAAAAAAUAAUUUAGAAAUAUCUUUAAGCAUAUCAGAACAAACAGAUAAAUUAAUGAAAAAGCAAAAUUACUUUGAACACUAUGAAAAUGUCGAAAAGCAGAAUGAUGAUUUUAAGAGAAAAAUAGAAAUGUUAAAAAGAGAAAAGGAAGUUGAAAAACAGAAUAUGGUGGAUAAAAUAAAAGUCGCUGAAAUAAAAAAACAACAAGAAAUAGAAGAAUAUGAAAAAAAAAUUAGAGAGAAUAAAAAUAGGUUUCUAAAGUUAGAAAGUCAAAUUAUAGAAUUAGACUUAGAAAUAUCUUCAAAAGACAAAGAAAUAAAAAAGUUGUCAUCAAUUUUAAAUGAUGUUCAACAAAAGCAUGAAAUAAAAAAAUUAGAAUAUGAACAGAAAAUUAAAAAUUUAAUAAAAGAAAAUGAAGAAACGAACAGAAAAAAUAAAGAAGUAGUUAAUGACUUAAUAAAUGAAAGUAACAAUCUAGCAUUGAAUAAUUUAAAGAAUAAACUUAAGUUGCAACAGCAAGAAUACAAUAAAUUAGAAGAAGAAUAUUUAAAUUUAAAAAAAAGCACUAAUAAAACGUCAAACAAAAAAUGUAUAUCUACAGAGUAUACUAAGAAUCAUAAUAGCAAAGUUUCAUACAAAAUUUAA